AUGAACGCGGCGAAAGGCAUGCUCACUCCCGAGCAGGUGGCCCAAUUCCACCGCGACGGCUACCUGCUCCUCCCUUCGUUCUUCGACCCAGCGCCGCUGCUCGCGCACAGCAAGCACCUCGUGUCGUCGUUCUCGCUCUCCGGCCAUCCGCUCACCAAGUUCACCACGUCCGACGAGGCGCGCGGCGAAGAGGCGCACGUGGGCGACCGCUACUUUCUCGACUCGGGCUACAAGGUGCACUACUUUUUCGAGGAGGGCGCGCUGGAUGCCGCGGGCGAGCUGACGGUGCCCAAGGAGCGCGCGAUCAACAAGUGCGGGCACGGCCUGCACAUGCUCGACCCCGUAUUUGCGCGGUUUUCGUUCAGCCCGGAGCUGCAGAAUGUGGCGCGCAGCCUGGGCGUGCAUACGCAGCCCAAGGUGCUGCAGAGCAUGAUCAUCUGCAAGCAACCCAGCAUCGGCGGCGCGGUGCCGAGCCACAACGACUCGACGUUCCUCUACACCGAUCCGCCCUCGGCCAUCGGAUUCUGGUUCGCACUCGAAGACUGCACGCUCGAGAAUGGGUGUCUCUCCUUCCUGCCCGGCUCGCACCGAUGGCCCAAGGACCAGCAACCUCCGAAAGCAGAGAGGCCGAACGUUCGCCCUGCGGAUGCGCACAAUGAGCUCGGCGUCGCUCGCGGUGUCAACAAGCGGUUCGUGCGCAAGGAUCCAAAGAACCCCGAUGCAGGCACCACAUUCUUGCAGCUCGCCGACGACGAAGAGACGACGUGGAGCGAUGCGGACGCGCGCGUGGCCGAGUGCAAGGCGGGCACGCUCGUGCUCAUCCACGGCUCGGUGCUGCACAAGAGCGAGAAGAACACAAGCGCCAAGAGCCGAUUCAUCUACACCUUCCACAUGAUCGAGGGUGACGAGAGCCGCGCCGUGUACGACGAGUGCAACUGGCUGCAGCCUACGCCCGAGCAUCCCUUCACCAGCCUCUUUGAUCCCCCAGCCCUACCCUAG